AGCUGAGGAGAAGGUUUCCGCAAGAGCCGCUGAGAUAGUUGAGGCGAUUGCUGCGCGCAAUAGCAGUACCGUCUACAUUUACGAUGUAGCUGCCCAAUUCGGUCUCGGAGGACUGGUCAAAGCAGCAAAAAAGUCCCAAGCAUGUUACCCCACUGUAGUCGACUUGCAGACUCGAGAUGGAUCUGGCUUACUCCUCGCAGGGAGACUCUCUGAGGGGACAAGCACUGAGGGGUCGCAAGCGUCCGUUACACUGACAGCUUUUACCACACCACACGGGUUACUGCAAAUGGCUCCAGCGAUGGCCUCAUUCCCUCCGGCGUCUCCUUCCUCACGGGCCAUUCUGAAUAUCCCAGCUCUCGGGAGCAUCGGGGAAUCGUUGUCUCUGCAUCCUUCCCUCGAACAAUUGGCAAUAAUUUUGCCUGUAAUCCCCGAGGAAUUCUCGAUCAUCCUAUCGUCUUCUCCUCAGGAAAUCGCUGAUGUGGCGUCUGCCGCUUAUUCUGUCACGGACUCACACGUUAUUCACGUCUUCAAUCAUUACGAUGGUGCCCCCCAAGUUUCUGUCAUACAAGCCCUUGAGAAAUUUGGCUAUGGGUCAUUCGAUUAUUUCGGAAACAAAAAUCCAAGAAUCGUCCUUGUGUCAUUAAAUGGCGUAUUUGCCAACUCUCUUCGUGCCUUCGCCACAACGACAUCCACAAUCGGCCUCAUAGUUGUGCGUGUGUUACAACCUUGGGAUAUGGAGCUUUUCAAGAAAGUAGUUCCGACUUCUGCAAAAUACGUGCAUAUAUUGGAGGAAGUCAUGGAUGAGUUCAGUGAGGGAGCUCUUUACGGCGACGUCGUGACUUCGCUGGUGCCAUCGAAAAAUGAUACCCACCCUUGUCUCCCAACCUUCUACAGAAUGCUCGACCUCAUCAGAGACCCUCAAGUUCUAAGGGAGCUCUUAUCCGAACUCGUGGGAACCCAGCUGCCGUUGCAAGACCCAACAACACUCGACGCCAAGAAACUUGUUUUCAUUGGAUCCUCUACUCCUCGUGGGCUUCCCUUAAAUAUCGUGAGCGCCUUUACGCAGAGCAAAACACUGCACACGAGAUAUCUCCCCACCUCUGACAUUUUCUCCAAUCUUGGUGGAGUCGAGGUCAGCAGGGUGAUCCUUGCCCCUUUAUCCUCGCCCACCACUGAUUUUCCAUUCAAUACCAUCCUUCCCCUGGAAGCUUCAGGAGAAAGGAUAUCCGGCACCGCCGAUUUUACUGCCAUCCUUGAUCCGAGACUUCUAAAAACUCACGAUGUCCUUCGGCAUGCGCAUCAGGGAUCGCCAGUCCUCAUAUUUACUUCGAUGAGCACACAAGACCUUCUCGGAAGUUUGGUGGAAUCUGCGAAGCAGCUUAUCCCAGAACGGGAUUUAAAGCUUUUCAAAUACGACGACCACCAGACGUUCGGAGAUGGGUAUGGCUUUUUAAUUUAUGAAGCUCUGGCGCAUAUUGCCUUCCUGCGCUUAUACGUGGGGAACGAUCUCAUGAAUUUAACCCUGCUUUCAAGGGCUUUAUUGGGUUCCCAGGUCGAUCAGAUACCCGUUGACGAUCUCGUGAAUGCUGUUUGGGAGGACUUAGAAGUUGUUCCGGUUUUGUCCACAGUUAAUGAAUCUUUGAAUCCUAUCUCUAUCGAGCCCCCAAAAGCGACUCUACAAGGAUUCGACUUUAAUGCAACUUCUCUUGACGAUGCUGAUGCAGGGAUUUGCGAUGCUGUUCAAAACACUGCGAAACAUAUCAUUUUCCGCGAAGCAUUUAAAUCGACACCCGAUUCUGAAGUUCUUGCGCUCCGGCCGGAAGUCCCGACGGACACGUACCUAAUCACUUGCACCGUCAACAAGCGACUCACACCCCUUUCAUACGGCCGCAAUUUGUUCCACUUGGAGUUCGACAUCGGAGACACCGGUCUUACCUACAAGAUAGGCGAGGCGCUGGGCAUCCAUGGUUGGAACGAUGAAGGCGACGUGUUGGACUUCUGCCGAUGGUACGGCGUCGAUCCUAAUGCAGUACUCUCAAUCCCCUUGCCGUCUUCGGCGGGCCGACAGCUCAUGGCGACUCGCACCGUCUUUCAAGCUUUACAACAGAAUCUUGAUAUUUUUGGAAAGCCACCCAAAUCCUUUUUCGCGGCUCUUGCUACUUAUGCCAAGGAUCGUCGAGAGCGGAUGGCUCUUCACUUUAUCGCCUCGGCCGAAGGGGCUGCAACACUGAAAAAGUUCAGCGAAGUUGAUACUGUAUCGUAUGCAGACGUGCUGCAGCUGUACCCGAGUGCGCGGCCUAAUAUCUCCGAGUUAGCAACAAUCGUGGAGGAGAUUAAGGAGAGACAUUACAGCAUAGCAAGUGCCCAGAGCGUUGUUGGCAACCGCGUCGAUCUCCUUGUGGUGACGGUCGACUGGGUGACCCCGAGCGGGGCACUAAAAUAUGGGCAAUGCACUAGGUAUCUCGCAGCCCUCAAGCCAGGCACAAAAGUCACCGUCUCCAUCAAACCAAGUGUGAUGAAACUGCCUCCCUCAGAUCUGCAACCCGUCAUCAUGGCAGGCCUUGGGACUGGGGCCGCCCCGUUCCGUGCCUUCAUGCAGCACCGAGCUCUUCAAGUCAGCUUGGGUAAAUCUGUGGGUCCUUUAGUCUACUAUUUCGGCUCACGGCACCGCUCCCAAGAAUAUCUUUAUGGGGAGGAAAUCGAAGCUUAUAUCAAGGAUGGCAUCAUUGCGCAUGCUGGGCUGGCUUUCAGUCGAGAUUCAGAUUCUAAGGUUUACAUUCAGCAUAAAAUGCGUAAUGACGGAAAAAUGCUGGCCGACAUGAUUAGUGGGGAUGGUCCUGAUACAAAAGACUCUGAAAAGGGUGUAUUUUAUUUGUGCGGCCCUACCUGGCCUGUCCCUGACGUGUUCGAGGCACUUGUGAACGCCUUAGUCAAGUAUUCAGGUCGAGACAAAUCAGAAGCUGGCGCCUAUCUAGAAAGUCUGAAGGAGCAGGAACGAUAUGUUCUAGAGGUGUAUUAGAUGUAGAUGUAUAUUGUGUUCUCUGCAUGUUAUAGGAGCGAGUUUGCUGACUGUCAUCCCUUGGACAUGCUUCAGUGACAUUGACAAGUGCUUUAAUUGUAUAUUCACUUGGCUGACAUGAACAAAAUCGUAAAAGUCCAUUAUCUGUGAAACU